ACGGUAGCGCCAGCUCCGGCCAGAGCCGGAGGGGUCCCACGGCCACCGCACACGCUGGCACUGCCUGGAGAGACUACUUGGAGACCGCACCGCGGUAGAUCGGAAACGGGACUGGGCAGGGGAGGAAAAGGCUGGGCUUGCUGUGCAGGAUCUCGGGGCGCUCUUUCCCUGUUUAUAUCCCACCCGGAGAAGCUGGGAAAUCAGGAUUAGAUCUGCUUUGUCGGAGAACGUAGGAACUAUUUCCACUGCUUUUUCGGGGAUGACAAUGGAUUCCCUUCCCACUGGGGUUAAAGAUAGUUAGGAAAGAUUGGCCCGAAGGGCGAGGCAGGAGCAAGCAGGAGGGGAACACUAUUUGGGUAAGCGAGUCUGACAGGAAGUUUUUCUCCAAAUUACACUGAGGUGACAAGUUAAUAUUGUACAGAAGCAGGAAACCCUAUACACACAUCUACAGUUUGCAUUUCCCUGGAAGCUCCCUAAUAUACUGUUGCCCCGCACAGAUCGAAUCUCCCUGAAUACUUCGCGGCCUGAGGAUCUAGUUCAACUCACAGGCCAUAGGACGUGUUUGUGCACUACGCUGGGACCUAUCCUGAAUUUUUCCUUUGUAAAGCUGCUUGACAGUUUUUUGGCAUCGCAUGCCUUAAGUUUCUUGCACUCUGAAUUUGGACUACUCGGGCCUGGGUUCUCAUGUGAAAUUUGCCACUGACCUCUGGUGAAAACUCAGGCCUGUGCUCGAAGUUGAAAUUGCACAAAGCACAGCUCAAAAUCUGCAUCAGAAGGAAAGUGAACUCAGGCGAGCGUGCAUGGCUCAGGUGUCAGAAAGGUGUAUGGACUCCUGAAGUGGAAGAGGUGGUGCAGAGGGGGCACCGCCCAUGCUGCCCUGUUUCCAGCUGCUGCGCAUAGGGGGAGGCAGGGGUGGUGAUCUCUACACCUUCCACCCUAGUGGGGCUGGCUGCACCUACCGCUUGGGCCGUAGGGCGGACCUGUGUGAUGUGCCGCUGCAGCCCCAGCAGGAACCCAGCCUCAUCUCUGGAGUCCACGCAGAGCUGCACGCUGAGCGCAGGGGUGAUGACUGGAGGGUCAGCCUGGAGGACCAUAGCAGCCAAGGGACUCUGGUCAAUAAUGUCCGACUCCCAAGGGGUCACAGGCUGGAGUUGAGUGAUGGGGACCUUGUGACUUUUGGUCCUGAAGGGCCCCCAGGAACCAGCCCUUCGGAGUUCUACUUCAUGUUUCAGCAAGUCCGAGUCAAACCUCAAGACUUCGCAGCCAUUACCAUCCCGCGGUCUAGUGAAGAGGGAACCAAGGCUGGCUUCUGGCCUAUGCUGCCCCCCCAGGGGGCCCCACAGCGCCCCCUCAGCACCCUUUCCCCUGCCCCUAAAGCCACACUGAUCCUCAAUUCCAUCGGUAGUCUCAGCAAGCUCAGACCUCUGCCCCUGACCUUCUCCCGGAGUGGGGGUGAGCCACAGAGCCUGCCUAUUCCCACUCCUCCUGCCCCACCCCCAAGAAAUCGGAGAAAAUCCGCUCACCGAGUGUUGGCAGAGCUGGAUGAUGAGGGAGAGACUCCUGAGGGGCCCCCACCAGUCUUUAUGGAGCCCAGGAAGAAACUCCGUGUAGAGACAACCCCACAGACACCUGGUGGAAAUAGGCGUGGACGACCUCGGAAGCACCCAGUGCGCUCUCCCAGGGCUCCCCCAGCAGAUGGGAGUGGGGAGCCCUGUGCAGCCCCUUGUUGCUACCUACCGGAAGAACAAACAGUUGCCUGGGUUCAGUGUGAUGGUUGUGACCUCUGGUUCCAUGUGGCCUGUGUUGGCUACAGCAUCCAGGCUGCCAGGGAGGCUGACUUCCGGUGCCCAGGGUGUCGUAUAGGCAUCCAGACCUAAGGCCCACCACCAAGGCACCAGAGGACAGAAAGCUGCCACCUCCACGCCAUAGGUGGACAGGGUGGGGCACCGAUGGAUCCUAAGAAAUGCCCCCUUCUUCCUUUGCCUCUCCAGUGGGGAUGACUACAGUGUCCAUUGCUAUGGAUAUUGACUCAAGGCAUGAAGCAGGCCCUGACGGCCAAGGUGAUAGAAGAGAUGGUUUCCUGCCAAAGAAAUUGCUGCCUCCAGGAAGCUGCCAGCAACCUGAAAAUUCCGUUACAAGCUACAGGUCCAUGUCAUGGGUACUAGAAUGUCUGUGGUCAGAGCACCCGUUAAUUAUAGAAUCCCUGGGCAGAUACAAGCUUCAGGUCUUGGAGCAAACAUGUUCUUGGAUGGCAUCACUAAGGCCUUCUGGGAAAACCUAAGGCACAGCCUCGAAACUUUUACAUUUUGAGUCAACCACUGGCACUGACCACGAUCAUGACUUGGCUUUUCAGAGCUUUGCUUCUAUUUCCAAAUAAAGAAUAAGCAGCUUCAUUCACUCCUA